CUCCUCAUAGUCCACGCCAACCGUGUCAUCCAUGGUGACUUCACUGGGCCUAACGUGCUGAUCUAUGGUGAUGGCACUGCGUGUGUUGCUGACUUUGGCCUUUCCUUGAUGUAUUCCGAGGUUAUAAGCGCCUCUCAGGCUUCCUGGACGUCCACGCUCAAAGGCAACAUGCGAUGGAUGGCUCCUGAGCUCCUUGUAUCAGGGCGGGAAGAUGGAUUCCUAACUCGUCCGAGCGAGCAAAGCGACAUCUUUUCGUUCGGCGGUAUCAUGUUGCAGGUCCUCACCAACAAAAUUCCUUAUUAUUACCUCCCGAAUGACGCCGCCAUCGUCCUAUGCAUAGCUAGGUCGGAAAAGCCCUUCCGAUCUCGUUACACUGAGCUCCCUGAAAAAUACUGGACGUUUAUCGAGCAAUGUUGGUCUAAAGUAUACGAGGUGAGUGAUUUUGAGCUUUUUUGA